CUCGGGCCGGCGGUUUAUGAACCGCCAAUCGGCGGUUUAGUGGUCUGUAUGUAACUCUCUGAAUCAUCAAGCUCUCUGAAGAAAAAGGAAGAUUAUGGCGGAAUCAUAGUUAGCGAUAUUCUGGUUCAACUACAGUGACGAUUAGCAUCCCCAGCUUUACUCUUUCCCCCUGUUGAGUGUUGAACCGACUUCAAAUAUCACGUUCGGAGCCAUUUUGGUUCACAUCCUAACGCCGGGUAUUAAUAAGCGAAAUGGAGCAACUGGGUAGAUAGAAUAUCGGGUUGCCGUUCUUCGAUCGAUUCCCUUGAAGGGUAAGUUUCUAGUUACAGUUAUUAUGGAAAUUUUGAGGGAGAAGAAGAACCAUUUCGUGGAUUGAGCAUUUUUUUUUCUAAUUUGUAUUUAUGGUGGUAUGCGAAAUUGAGAGUAAAAAGAAAAUCUUAUUCAGGUUUUCCUUUCUCAUUUUGGGGGAAAAAAAGGAAGCAGAAAGGUGUUCGAGAUUAUGCACACUUGCACGCAUUGCCUUCAACUUAUUUGCAGUAGUUCAUACAAAAAUGAUUUCAUUUUUGAUAGCUCAGCGCAUGUACAGUUUUUUGUAAUUGAGUUCAGUGGCAAAUUGUGAUUUGGAGAAGUUCUGCUGAUAGGGAAAAUGAUUGAACAAUCUUGCCUCAAAGCUGUUGCAAACUGGGGCACUAGUGUUAAUUUGUUAAUUUAGCAAAGAUCCUUUUCUACUACUGCAUUUUACUUUGUUAUUUCUGGGUUGAUAAUAAUUCAGUUUAAGUUUAUAGAUUCUCAGACAUGGAACUUUGUUAUAUCCUUUUCCUUGUUUUGUUUCUUUUAGCAAAAUUCCUGUUUGCAGCAACAUCUUUUAUUUGUACACCCAAGGGGCGUUUCUUUGUUGGUUCUAGUUUAUUGGUUUAUUGUCUUAGUGUUGGGUUGAUGCAUAUAGUUGGGAUGCCUUUCAUUUUCUGAAAUAAGUUUUCUCAUGGGGACACAAUCAUCUGUUGCUUAUGGUGCUAGCAUACAGGUUGGAGGGAUGAAUAGGUUUAACUCAAAGCAGCCAGCAGGUUAUAUUUUCAUGUGUAAUGGGAGGACAAAACCCGAGUGUUAUCAGUAUCGUGUAUUUGGGCUUCCCUCGGGUAGAAGGGAUGUUGUUGAGAGGAUUAAACCUGGUGCAAAGCUUUUCUUAUAUGAUUUUGAAGUGAAGCUUCUGUAUGGUGUCUAUGAGGCAACAACCAGUGGAAGUACUAACCUUGAACCCGACGCUUUCGGUGGGAAAUUCCCUGCACAGGUGGGAUUCAGAAUCUUUAAGGAGUGUCUUCCUCUGCCCGAGAAGUCUUUUAAAAAUGCUAUCAAGGAUAAUUACACUGGUGUAAAGUUCAAGCAAGAACUUGAUGAGAAGCAAGUGACAGAUUUGAUCUCAUUGUUUUCCCCUCUUGCUGCAUCGUCAUCGACUCUCAUGUCCCAGCCAAUGCCACCUGCAGCAUCAGCUCAAGAAGUUUUGCCAUCAGAUGGUCGAUAUCAAGAUUCAUAUGAGACUGCGAGACAUCAUACUGAAGAUAAAAGACAGUUGCUUACAUCGUUGUAUCCGUAUCUGUAUUUGUUGCAGCAUUCAGUUACUCAACAAGUUAUGCAGCCUCCACCAGUACAACAGGCGCAAACAACUACCGCACCUGUUCAGUAUGAAUAUUACCCAACUUACACUAAUUCAUAUCACAUGGUCGAUUCUCAGCUCGUGACUGUCAUCAGAGGACGGCAAACCCCAAAUGUCGUAAAUCUUCGUCCAGGGUACACUUGUUCUUUUAUUUUACUGUUCUGCAACUGACCGAAUUUUUUUGUAUCUUGAUUUAAUUUGACACACAUGUAGGCCGGCCCAAGUUUACAUGAUUACAAUUUGUGGAACUGCUACUUUAUGUAGUAAAGUUCAGGAUAAAAGUGCUCAUUAGUUUCUUGUAUUUCACAAUGAAUAUCAUUUCUAGUAGAUGCAAUGGUAUUAUAACAUAAACAUAUAGAUACGUAUAAUUUCCGCUAGAGAAUUCAUGUUAUACACGGUUAACUCCAUCUUUGAUCCACAGCCAGGAAAUGUGUUUAGGGGUGUUCAUGAAGUACAAUGCCAAUAUCACUGUUUCACUACAUGAAUAUUUUACUUUUUAUAAGGAGAGUGAUUUUCCUUGAGGGUGUGUGGCUUCCAUUUCUUCUCAUGACAUGAUUUGUAGUAUUACUUAGUGCUUGAAUUUGUCAAAAAACCUGUUGGUUGCACUGCCACUAACUCAUUGAGAAGGGAACACGUCACUUCUAAUCCAAUGUCUCAUUGAGUGAUGUUAAAAAGAGUGGCAUACAAAUGUGAUAUGUUUUCUAAUCCCGCUCAACAUGAUUAAAGUAAUGAUUUUUAGUUGAUUGUAAAUCUUUCAUACUUUAGGGCUUGUUUGGCCAACAUUUUAUUUUAGUUUUUGUUUUGGUUUUUGAUUUGGGUUUGAGAUAUGAUUUAAAAUAUGGUUUGAGAUAAAAUUUAAAAACUUAUUUAGAUGAUAUUUUAAAUAAACUAAUAAUAUUUUUAGACUACCACCGGACCACCUCUACUGCCGCCACCGCCGAAUCGCCGGCCGGCUAGCGACCAGACCGAAAUUUGGCCGGAAUCCGGUCGGCCAGUUGCCGUGGGCGGUCCGGUGGCGGUAGCGGUAGAGGUGGUCCGGUGGUGGCGAAUGAAAAUUGUGUAAAAAUAAUUUUUGGAAUAUUUUUAAAAAGUAAAUUAAAAAUUUGUUUGGAUCAUAUUGGGAUUUGUGUUUAAAAGGUGUUUUAAGAGGUAAAAUGAGACAAAAAUGAAAAAUGAAAAAUGAAAGUUGGCCAAACAAGCCCACGUGCUUCUUAGGUAGUGGACCUUUAAGCCAUGGAAAGCUAACAAAUGAUGGAAUCACAUAAUUGGCAGGAAUGAAGUCACACAAGCGGUGGUUCCUGCGCAUCAACCUUCGGCUGAUGAUUAUUCCUCGCUGUCGCAAAGAGGAGAAACUGCUAUAUACCAUGGAACUUCUGUGGGUUACAAUAACGAAUCCUCCUGGUCAAGCUACUAUGGGAAUCCAUCCUAUGGGUAUGGUACAGCUACAAAUUACUACUACCCAGUGCCGUCUGUUGGCUAUGGUUAUCCUACUGCACAACCACAAGCUCCAGCCUCUGGGUGGCCUCAAGUGAAUGUUCCCACAUCUUCCUCUUAUUCGGCACAGUAGCAGCUUGGAUAAAUUCCUUUGUAGACCGUAGUAGUUGGAUGUGCGUCAGUCAGCAAGUGUACAUAGCAUGAUAGGAAUUUUGAAACAUGUAUCUGAUGCUUUCAGUGUCUGGACAAAACAGAAGAGACCUCAUUCUGUUUUUUCUUAUCAACAGCUUUUUAUUGGUUUCUCGCCUUUUUUGGGGUUGUUUCGUGAAAGGGUCACUGAGUGGCCAACAUGCAAAAAUUGUUGGUACCUUAGUGGUUGACCUUGACCUUGACCUCCUUGACCUUUGUGGUCAAUUGACCACUAACUUUUUCCAAUUGAUGCAUAAGAGGAAAUCCCAGAAAUGGAAAUAUGUACAAUUGCCAGUGCUGCCUGUAAUGGGCAAAACGUAUUCGAAUUUAGAUUGUGCAGUUCGGAUUGAGGUAACAUCUUUCUAUAUACUUUAGAGAUGCUAUGAUUAUA